UUAGAAAGAAAAGACAAAUAUAAAUCAUAGGAGGUUUGAAGCACCAUCCUUUGUAUUCUAUGUAUAAAUAAUCACCACCGUAGACAAAAACAAUUAACAUAGAUUACUUCACAAAAUCAUUAAUAAAAAAAAUUCACUAUACACAAAGUUUCAAUGGAUUCAUCUGGGUUGAAAUUGCAAUUGCAAAUGAAAUCAUCGCUAUCACACAGUUUUCUCUGUUCUCCUGAUACCCUUUUCACCAACAAUUCAAAAAACUCCAAUUCCAUCACCUUCACGAAUCGUUUCACCAAAAAAUCUACUCAUUUUUCCACUAUCAUGGCUUCUUAUACUACAUCAACAGCAAAACCAAUUGCAUAUGGUUUCAAAACUUUGUUAGAAACCUUCACUGUUGAUGUUCAUAGAGCAGAAAAUAGGCCAUUAAAUGUGCCCUUAAUUGCGCCUUUUACUAUUGCUUCCUCAAAAUUGGACAAGGUAGAAAAUGUUGCAAUUAGAGUUGAAUUGAGUAACGGUGCCGUAGGGUGGGGUGAAACACCAAUUCUACCUUUUGUUACUGCUGAGGAUCAACACACAGCUAUGGUUAAAGCUUCUGAGGCAUGUGAGUUUUUGUUGAAGUGUCCUGCAUUAACAUUGGGUUCUAUGUUGACGGAGAUUGGUGAUAUUCUUCCAGGACAUCAAUUUGCUUCAGUUAGGGCUGGAGUGGAGAUGGCAGUAAUCGAUGCUGUCGCAAGUAGUAUUCGUGUGCCAUUGUGGAGGCUUUUUGGUGGUGCUUCAAAUACCAUAACCACUGAUAUAACAAUCCCUAUUGUUUCUUCAGCUGAAGCAGCUGAAUUGGCUUCUAAGUACUAUAAACAAGGAUUUAAAACUUUAAAACUGAAGGUGGGGAAGAAUCUCAAUGCAGAUAUAGAAGUGCUUCAAGCCAUACGUGUCGCCCACCCUGAGUGUCAGUUUAUUCUAGAUGCUAACGAAGGCUAUAACUCUAACGAAGCAGUGGAAGUCCUUGAGAAAUUACAUGAAUUGGGGUUGACCCCUGUUCUAUUUGAGCAACCAGUUCAUAGAGAUGAUUGGGAUGGUCUUGGAUAUGUGAGUAGCAUAGCAAGAGAAAAGUAUGGAGUAUCUGUUGCAGCUGAUGAGAGCUGCAGAAGUUUAGUUGAUGUUUACAGGAUUGUGGAAGGGAAUCUUGUAGAUGUCAUUAACAUUAAGCUUGCAAAAGUUGGAGUUAUAGGUGCAUUGGAUAUUAUUGAAAAAGCAAGAGCAGCAGGUUUGGAUUUGAUGAUUGGUGGUAUGGUUGAGACAAGACUUGCUAUGGGAUUUGCUGGUCACCUUGCUGCUGGCCUUGGAUGUUUCAAGUUUAUUGACCUAGACACCCCACUCUUGCUAUCAGAAGAUCCAGUUCUCGAAGGCUAUCAAGUUUCAGGUGCAACUUACACGUUCACAAAUGCUAGGGGACAUGGUGGAUUCCUUCACUGGGACAAUCUUGCUUAGCAAGUAAUGAAAUUUCUUGUACAAUAGAACUCCACUUUAAUAAAGAGAAGCAGGAACUUCUUGUCUCAAAAUGUGUUUGUAUACUAAGUACAGUCCUUAUCUUCACUUAGGAAAAGAGAAUGUUGGUGUACUGCUACUUUCAUUAUAUUGAAAAUCAUUUCUAAUCAUAAUCAAGAUUUGAUUAGAGCAGUAACGGGAACAAGACUUGGCAAUUACUACUCUCACAAAGUCAUGUUGAUAAAUUUAAACCUUCACUUGUCUUCAAGGGCUAGUUUGCUCUUCA